AUCAAAACGUUGUAAAAUAAUUGGCGUAUAAAACAUUGAUUAUUACACGAGUAGUAAUUAUUAUUUUGCAAUAUUAAUUCUCUAAAUUAAUUGCUUAAUGAUAACGAUAACAUUUGUUCAUUCGAGCAUUCGAUUGUGUAUGUAAACACGAUAAGAAAUGCAAGAUCGGACCAGGAGUGGGGACGAAGUGAAAUCUCAAUCAAGAAGUUGUCAACAUCAGCAAAUCAUUUUGUGUUUGUUGUUACGGCUUCUAGUUGAUCCACUACUUAUUAAUAAAUAACAAAAUGGCUGAUCCAAUCCGUGUAGUUGUCACCGGUGCAGCCGGCCAAAUCGCUUACUCCCUCCUCUACCAAAUCGCAAAGGGUGAUGUAUUUGGAAAGGACCAAUCACUCAUUUUACAUUUAUUGGAUAUACCACCAAUGAUGGGAGUCCUAGAUGGCGUAGUGAUGGAACUUUCUGACUGUGCCUUACCUCUACUUCACUCUGUUGUUCCCACAGCAGACCCUGCUGUUGCUUUCAAAGACGUAUCAGCAGCUUUCUUAGUAGGAGCUAUGCCCCGCAAAGAAGGAAUGGAAAGAAAAGACUUACUGUCUGCUAAUGUUAAGAUUUUCAAAGUCCAAGGAGAAGCCUUAGACAAAUAUGCUAAGAAAGAUGUUAAGGUUUUGGUUGUAGGAAAUCCAGCUAAUACUAAUGCUUUGAUUUGUUCAAAAUAUGCUCCGUCUAUCCCCCCUUCAAACUUUACUGCAAUGACUCGUUUGGACCAAAACAGAGCCAAGGCACAACUUGCUGCUAAAGUUGGCACAGGAGUCGCUAAUGUAAAGAAUGUUGUAAUUUGGGGAAACCAUUCUUCCACCCAAUAUCCUGAUGCAAGAAACGCUGUUGUAUGCUUGAAUGGUAGCAAGGUUCCCAUUCCAGAAGCUGUUAAAGAUAAUGUUUAUUUGCAAACACAAUUUGUACAAACUGUUCAAAAGAGAGGAGCUGCUGUAAUAUCAGCACGAAAAAUGUCCUCUGCCAUGUCUGCUGCAAAGGCAGCAGGAGAUCACAUGCACGAUUUGUGGCAUGGUACACUACCAGGAGAAUUUGUUUCAAUGGGAGUUUUAUCUGAUGGUAGCUACAAUGUACCAAGAGACAUUAUUUUCUCCUUCCCUGUUACUAUUGAAAACAAACAAUGGAAAAUUGUACAAGGUUUACCUAUUGAUGAAUUUUCAAAAUCAAUGCUUAAUACUACUGCCAAGGAGUUACUAGAGGAAAAGCAAGAAGCUCUUGCAGUUUGUAGUCUUUAAAUAUCAGAUACAAAUAAAUACAAAUAUAUUUAUGGGUAUUUUCAUACAGUUUCAAAAAUUACAAAUUCUAUCAAUUGUUGCAUACAUAAAAUAAAACUAAUUAAAUCUAAAAACUGUGGUAUCAUUUUACAGAAAGCCUUGCAUGCAUUUUAAAAUUAUAUUGUCAUAAUCUUACAUGCAUUUCUAAAUUGACCUGUUUUCUUGCAAAUUUUAAUAUGUUUAGUAAUAGACUAAUU